GGUGACUUUGAUCACAUGUACACUAUAUGCAGAAAUUUAAAUUUUUUUUGGUUAGUCACUUGUACCAAAAGUAUUGAGAAUGCAUUGAAUAUCUUUUUGUUGUUACUCUUUCUUGUUUUAGUACCAUUUAACCUACAAGCUGUGACCAGAGUUUUAGUAUGUCAUCAGAGUACUGAAACAUCUCAACAAGAAUCCAAACUCACUGUUAGGAAACAAAAUAUCCCAAUGAGAACACAGCUAUCUGACUUUGGAAGAUAUGUUGCUGAUUGCCUGCCAAAGUAUGUACAGAAGGUGCAAAUGACGCAUGGGGAUGAACUUGAAAUCCUAAUUGCUCCUGAAGGUGUUCUACCUGUUAUAACAUUUUUGAAAGACCACCACAAUGCUCAGUUCACCAACAUUAGUGAUAUUGCUGGUGUUGAUAUACCCACACGCCAAUGUAGGUUUGAGAUUGUCUACAACUUGCUCUCUGUACGGUACAAUUCUAGGAUUCGUGUGAAAACUUAUGCUGAUGAGUUAACACCUAUUGACUCCAUCACAGAAGUCUUCAAAGGGGCAAACUGGUAUGAAAGAGAGAUAUGGGACAUGUUUGGUGUGUUCUUUGCCAACCAUCCAGAUCUGAGAAGAAUCCUGACUGACUAUGGCUUUGAAGGUCAUCCUUUCCGGAAAGACUUUCCUCUGAGUGGCUAUGUUGAAGUAAGUU